UUCACUCCAAACCCACUGCACGCGCACUACAAAACAUGGCGGACUAACGUCACAUUUGAGGUAUUAGCCAAGUUCAAACGAGGUAACUUGCCACGUUUACCUAUUCACCUUACUAUUAUUACAAUAUUUACAAUGUGUAAACAUGGCUUUACUACGUUCUCGAGGAAAAAAUCUCUAAAAGGCUAGCUAUAUGAGUAAACUGGGGAGGCUCUAGGUUUGCUAAGCUAGAGCAUAUAUCCAUUGCUAUUGUUGUUAGCCUAGCUAGGCAUCUGUUUUUAGCUAGGCUAGCUCAUAGACAUUCCCGUUGUUGUUGUUAGCCUAGCUAGCCUACUGUAGCUGGUGGACUGGUUUUUGUUAGCCUAGCGCUUAGCUAGCUCAUAGAAACGGUUGUUGUUGUUAGCCUAGCCUAGCUAUGCGAGAAUGUCCUCGAGCGUGUGACGUACCAGCAUAUAUUACUGAUGCGCACUGCUCACUGAACCGGAUACUUCUGGGUUGCCUAAGGAUGUCUUAUAAACAGUGUCUCAGUGCAGAGAAAAUAAUAUAUAUGUAGAUAUUUAUGGUGUAAUUAUUUAGUUUGGUAGCCCUGACUGACGAGGUUUAAAUCAAACUUACGAGACACGUGACGGUAAUUACGUUAGCUGUCUCUUUGGUGCGUGUAGUUCCCAUGACUAUUUGCGAUAUGAACGUUUACAUUUUUUCUGGGUUUUGAUUGUGUUUCCGCUAUUAUCGAUUUUAAACCAAUUAAUUUGUUUAACUGUUCGUAAUCAAAACAGCCAACAAAACGGUUCUUCACUAACAGCUCCUGGCUGCUUGCCCUUUAUUGGAGCCAGUCCUGUUAGGUCGACUCCCAAUUUGCUCCCUACUCCGUAUAAUAGUGCACUACACUCGCGUAUGAAAUAAUGCCCCCGUGAUCCCUAUGUAGUGCCCAAUGUGUGAAGAGGACGUCGUUUAUGAUUUAGCCUUAAUUUAGCUUGCCGCGUCCCAGCAAAAUAACGUUGCCGUCUGUCAUUUUCUUGGCGGGGAGAGAGAGAGAGAAAGAAAAGGAAGGGAAGGGGAGGGGAGAGGAGAGAGUGAGUGAGUGAGUGAGUGAGCUGGGCAAGGAGGGAGGAACUCCGGGCGCCUGCAUUUGGACGCCAUCCUCAAAAAAGGCGCCCUUCUUUUGAAAGGAAGAGAAAACGGAACUGCAGUGAAGGCACCGUGUUCCUACACACUAAUGCAGGACUAAGGACAAUCCAGAUAUAACCGAAUCAUGAAAAAACCGGUGCCAGCAAAAGAAAAUGAAGAACGAAGAAUGCGCAUCAGUUAUCGAGUGGAAAGAUGGAAGACGGAUCAAGCAUUCCCGCAGUGGGCGGCCCUCACGGGUUCCCUCACAGUAUCAAGCAAUGUAGAUUACUUUCUCCACUCCCAGAGCCUCAGCUGAAAGGCCACUUCAGUUGGGAUAAGUAUUUGAAAGAGACAGGUGCUAUAGCUGCUCCGCCCCACUGUUUCAAACAGAGCACUACACCCCCAGUCAAUGAGUUCAAGGCAGGAAUGAAGCUGGAAGCUCAGGAUCCCAGGAACACCACUUCUACUUGCAUCGCUACAGUGGUGGGGCUGACUGGCUCACGUCUUCGGCUGCGCCUCGAUGGAAGUGACAACAAAAACGACUUCUGGCGCCUGGUGGACUCGUCUGAGAUCCAGCCCAUCGGUAGCUGUGAGAAGAAUGGAGGCAUGCUGCAGCCACCCCUGGGGUUCCGCCUGAAUGCGUCAUCCUGGCCCAUGUUCUUACUGAAGACACUCAACGGUGCCGAGAUGGCACCAGCACGCAUCUUUCACAAGCAGGAACCUGCUUCUCCAGAGCAGAAUCAUUUCCAGGUGGGGAUGAAGCUGGAGGCGGUGGACAGGAAGAACCCUCAUUUUAUCUGUCCUGCCACAGUGGGGGCACUACGAGGAGUGGAGGUGCUGGUCACCUUCGAUGGCUGGAGGGGAGCUUUUGACUAUUACUGCCGUUACGACUCCAGAGACAUUUUUCCUGUAGGCUGGUGCACUCUCACUGGAGACAACCUUCAGCCACCUGGCACUAAAGUGGGUUUGCCAAGGCCACUGGGUGCUUCAGGUGCACUACCUGACAGCAGCGUGGAGGGCACAGACAUGCACAUGCCCCCGGCGCCCAUCAGGCCUCCUGCCCAGAAGCGCCGUAAACCUGGACGCAAGAAAAGCAAGCCAUCCAGCUCCUGGGCUCAGAAAGAUAGCACCUCUACUGAGGUGCCCCACGCAGACCAGCCUGGAAAUGGACCGGAACCUGUGAAAAUCCCGAAGAAGAGAGGGCCCAAGCCUGGGAGUAAGAUGGGUUGGGUUAAGCAUGCUGCAUGGUUGGAAGGGGCAAUGGCAGGUCCUGGCAGACCCAGAGGCCGAACAUCAGCUAACUGGACUCAGAAACCGCAUCAACAGAAUGAGAUAGAAACUAUCAAGAUCCCAAAGAAGAGAGGCCCCAAACCUGGCACCAAGAGAAAACAGCGUGUGGCAUCUGACCCGGUGCCCACAUCCCCCACCAGUAGCACUCCAGAGCCUGACACCAGCUCAGUGCCUCUGGAUAAUGCCACCAUCCCCAGCGCUGCCAUGCAGGCUCCAACAGUAUGUGUGUAUCUGAACAAACAGGGGAAGGUGGGUCCUCACUUGGACGCACGGCGCGUGCAGACUCUGCCAGAUCACUUUGGGCCUGGACGGGCGUCCUCAGUGCUGCAGCAGUGUGUUCAGGCCUGUGUGGACUGCGCACAUAAUCAGAGGGUUGUCUUCUCCUGUCUCAAACCAGGUCAUGGAGGAGAGCUCAUCUCGGCCCACUUUGAGCAGAAGCAGCAUACUCUUACGUUGCCAGCAGUGAACAGUGUGACAUAUGUGCUGCGCUUCCUGGAGAAGCUCUGCCACAAUCUGCGCUGUGAACCACUAUUCGGCAACCAGCCAGUGCCCCUGGGAGGAGGUCACUACGACAGCCACAACUACACAGAGAGGAGGAGCUUUUCAGAGUGUCUCAGUUCAGGACCAGGUCGAGGGACAAAGAGAUUUCUGUCAGACUCCUGCAGCAGCAGCUCCCUGCCACACAAAAUGGCUAAAAGCCACUGCCUCUCAUCUGAAGAGUCUUUUCUGGUGGAGAAUGGAGGCUCGGAAAACUUGGAGAAAAUGCAACUGUCCCCCAGUAAGCCUCUGAGUUUGCAUCCUCACUCCCAGAGCACCAUCUCUCCUGGUCAGCUGUGUCGCCUUGGCUCUGCAGGUUCAGAGCGUUUCCUGAACUCCAGAGAGAGCCCUCGGCCCAGUGGGCAGGAUCCAAACCUGUGGACGGUGGAGGAUGUCAUGCACUUCAUCAGAGAGCUGGACCCUCAGUUGGGCCCACAUGCAGAGCUUUUCCGCAAACAUGAGAUUGACGGAAAGGCUCUGCUUUUACUGCGAAGUGACAUGAUGAUGAAGUACAUGGGCCUGAAGCUCGGUCCCGCCCUCAAACUCACCUUCCACAUCGAUAAGCUGAAACAGGGUCGCUAAGCACGAGAGGCUGACCUUUAACCCCUUCUCUACUCCACCAAGCACAUAGCAUCGUGGAAACUCAGUCCACUGAAGCUUACUGAAGCAUUACUGUCAUUACAGUGGUCAUUUCUGAGUGUGUGUCUUUUUUUUUUCCUUUUUUUUUUGUCUGUUACCUGUUUGUGUCUCUUUGUUCUCAUUUGUUUUGGUGCCCAUUACAUGUAGCCCGACCCCCCUUGUCAUGAUAGGGUCAGUAAAUUAACGCACAUCUCUCUCCACAACGUUCAGUGUGUUGCUGUUUUUGCCAGGUCUUGAGCUAUGCAGGAUCAGAGCAGCAUGGACAGUACGCAGGCCAUUUUUAGGCCUCUGUUUUUUUAAUACUUUCUUAUUUUUAUCCUCAGUAGCUGCAAUCAAAAAGGGCUUGGAUAUUUUUUCCUACAGUAUUCUUUUAACAGAGAUCACACAAACACUAGAUCUGUCCCACUGAACUUUGGGACUGGUUCUAAUUCAUGUCUCACUCUGAGGCACUUUCAUAUCUAAUACUGUACUUUAUACAUACUUAUACACCUAACCUGCAAUUAAUGCCAUGAUGAACUGCAUCUCGUUUGUAUGUGUCUGUGGUUAAAUUGUAAAUGGUUUUUUUUUUUUUUUUUUUUUUUUUUUUUU